UUCGGAGAUCGAUCUUGCGGUUCGGAAAUUUCCGGAGACCGAUCGGGGAUCGGGCAUUUUCGGAGUUCGAUCUUGCGGUUCGGGUAUUUACGGCGACCAGCCCAGGAAUUCGGGCAUUUCCGGUGAGGGAAGCGAUCUCGGUUUCGUGUGUUUCUGGUUAAAAAUCGGCUACUUCCGGCAGGAGUCGGCUGGCCGCGGAGGUACCACGGAGGCCGGGGACCGAGGGACCGAGUUCGAGCAGCCAGGAGAUGGCGACUAACGGGACCGAUGCUCGGCCGCUUUUUGGGGGUUCGUUCUCCAUUGUUCUCCCCCCUCAUUUCACAGAUGUCAGUGAUAUCCGGGAUGUCCCGGACAACCAGGAGGUGUUUGUGCACAACAGUACGGAGCAGAGCAUCAUCGUCGAGUUACUGGAGUACCAGAGUCAGGUUGCUGACGAGGAGGCAGCCAGGUACCACUUUGACGAUGUCACCGCCAUCAACGAUGCAUCGGGCAAGGAAGGCACAGAGGUCCUGAGCGUUGAGCCUGUCAGCAGAGACCAGCUUGCAAUGCAGGAGUUGAGCAGCGCCUGGUUUCUCUCUGGAAGACAGCAAGUGGCCAAGUUCAACGAGCAGGCCAAGAACACUGUGAAUGUACACCUGGCACUCUUCAGACUCCGUCAGUACACCACCGACAUCCUCAUCACUUUUAACGACCCAACAACCAUCAGUCCCUUUAGCAGCAGCAGCCGACAAGCAGACCUGGCACUACCGGAGGAUUUGUCAGCCAGUCCUGCUGCCCAGCACUGGACCCUGGAGCAAUUCCGAGCCACUGUCAACUCCCUCCGGCUGCUGAACCCAGCCAUCUUCUCCUGAUCAUCGGUGCCCACGAUUGAGCGAGGCAGGAAGUGUGGGAGAGCAAGUGGCUCACUGGGACAGACCUCCUCUGCAGGAAAAUGCAUGUUCCUUUUCUGAAAGUGACGUAAAAAGGAUACGGGAGGCCAUUCAGCCCCUUGGGGCUGACCACUACUCAGUGACAUUAUGGCUGAUCUUCAGUCUCACUCCAUACACAGCUCCGCCUCCCUAGGUUAACAAUAAAAAUGGACCAAUCGCAGAUUCAGAAUUAACUUUCUACCAAUCGUCCUUUGCCGCUUUUGAACUCCUCCACCCUCUGUGAGCUGAAGUGGGGUCUGGAUGGAUUUGGAGAAAGAGAAUGAAGAGAAAUCGGGAAAAGGACAGCGGUUGAGCAGUUAUCAGGAGUUUGAGAAUUUGUAUCAUCAGGUUGAAGACAGCCUUCUGUCGAAGUAACUGUUGUCACCAAUAAUAAAAUAACUGGGCCCAGAACACACACGCUCUUAUGACUCAGCAACACUUCGCUUGUGCACAAGGAGAUCGACAUGGCUCCUGUCCCCACACUUCUGAAUUCUGAAAGGAAAACUGCUACUUUUUAUAGAAUUGGCUCAUCAGUUAUGAGUAUUGAUCAUUGUAAAUUGUAUAUGAUCAAAUGCCAUUCACAAGAGAGGUGCUAAAGUCAAUCAAAACUUUGAGCGGUUAGCUGAUGAUUUUUUGAAGUUAGUAAAGACAAUAGAGCCUUAGCUGCUGGGUAUGUUUCACAUCUUUCUUUUAUCUCAUCUGUCUCUGGUACCCCCUGUUGUGUAAAGGGACACUAUGUUUUAGGAAGACUUUUCUGGAAGUCUCACUACAGAGGCCUUGCUCGUCUGGCUGGAGUACUACCACAGUCUAUCUCAUCUGUAGUAAGCAGAGGUGUCCCCGGCCAUCUUACUUCAAAAGUCUUUUUUGACUAUAACUGCCCCAGGCGACCUUAGUCUUAAGGCAACUUCCACACUUCCUCCAAUUUGCACCUCACCCUGACCUUUCUCCUCCAUGGCCAGUUGAGGUUAAAUGCAAGUUAGAGAAAAAGCACCUUAUAUUCCACCUGGGCAGUCUCCAACAUUCACAAGCUCCUGGUACCUGCUCCCUCUCUGUUCCUUUUCCCCUAUUUCUGUUUUCUCUCUUCUCCUGAUUCAUUCAGACCUCAUCAACCAUGUCUUUCAAAGUAAAUUUUAUUAUCAAAGUACAUAUAUGUCACCAUAUACAACCCUAAGUUUCAUUUUCUUGUGGGCAUACUCAACAAAUCUGUAGAAUAAUAACGGUAACAGAAUCAAAGAAAGUCCACACAACUAGGGCGUUCCAACCAUUUCAAAGACGGGGCAAGUGAAGUUGUGCCCUUUUAUUCAAGAGCCUUAUGGUUAAGGGGUAGUACCUGUUCCUGAACCUGGUGGUGCAGGUCCUGAGGCUUUUGCACAUUCUACCUGAUGGCAGCAGUAAGUAGAGAGUAUGAUGGUGGAGAUCCCUGAUGAUGGAUGCUGGUCCACACUGUCCCUCUCCAUCUGCCCGUUACUUCACCCAUCCCUUUAUUCCAUGCCCCAUCUUCCUAAGAAAAUCCAUCACUUCCACCUAACACCUCUUGGCUUCUGACAUUAUUUCUGCCCUUAUCUGCCUAUGAUCUCAUUCAUCUGGACCCACCAAUCACCUGCCAGCUCUUCUCCACCCUUUCCCCCUCAUUUCUUUAUACUAUUCCUUUUAUCUUUACGGUCCAGAUGAAGGGUCUCAGAUGAAACUUGUACAUUAGCAAUUCUUUCAAAGUAAAUUUAUUGAAGUACAUUUAUGUCACUAUAUAUAAUGGUGCUGGAAACCCUGUAGAAUUUUCUCUUUCUGCAGAAAUAUGACCUAAAAUAUGAUCAGAUCUUCACAUAAGCCCUAAAACCAGAUAAAGAGAACCCAAUUAAAUAAAUAACAAAAAAACAUUAUACUUGCUUAUUUAUUUAUUUAUUGAGAAAGUCAAAUCAAAUUGAGGACCUCCGUCAUUUAGAGUUGACCAUGGGUAUUGUGUCCUAUCUGUCUAGAUACGCAAGCCUAGGCAGUACAAUAUGGAGAGUGAGCUGUUGCCCACAUAGCAAGCUCCCCCACGUCACACAUCUGAUGAACCCAAAGGAACGGCAGAGUCCAGUACAGUUUGAUACCAGCAGCGUCUCAGGAGUUGCCAGUCAGCAUUGAGCUCAAUGUAGGACUACCUUAGGAAAUCCAGCUUUGGAUUUUUCCAUCAUGGUUUACUCCUGAAGCCUUCCCCUUAAGUGGGUAUAGCCACAAGGCAGCGGAAGUUUGAGAUCAGAGUUUUCCUUCUAGAUGUGCUGCCAACCAGGCUGAUGAGCCUCAUCUGCCUGAAGUGACUAGUUUUAAGGUGCCAGUAACCCACUUUUGCCUCUUCUCCUGUCAGUAGAAACGGUUCUGUUGGGCUUGGUAGCUAAGCUGCACAUGAAGGCCAGGAGCUGGACUUGGUUGUCCCAGGCUAUUUGAAGUGCAUGCCAUUGGGAGCUUGUCUCAUUACUACCCCCACUAUAAUAAUCUUAUGAUCCAAUAUUACAUGUAUUUGUUGGAAAAAGUAUAUGAAUCUCUAGGGAAAU